AUGGUCCCUUUGGAAUUCCAAGCUGAACGAUGGCGACGCAUCCGAGUGCAUCAGGAUGCAGAUGAGUACCUGUCGGAUAUCCCAGACUUUAUGAAGGAGGACCUCGAGAAGUUUUCGCCCAGAAGACUGAGAAAGAUUGCCAAGGUUGCCGAUCUAUUUGUACGUGGCACUAGGGAUGCACUGUAUCGACUAGCUCGCACGACCCGUGAUCGCCCGCGUGACGUUCAGGAUGAACCUCGACUCGUCGUUCCAAAAGCACUUAGAGACGAUGUCUUACAUUAUGGUCACGAAGAAUUCCAAGGAGGUCACCAAGGCAUCACCAGGACCCAUAAGCGGUUAUGCUCAGAAUUCUAUUGGCCCGGCAUGUAUGCGGAUGUAGAACCCUUUGUGAAGGAAUGCGUUGCCUGCGCGAGUGUAGAAGGAAAACCUCCACGCGGUGGACCAUCGCCCGGGAAUAUUGAACUCCAACAACCUUUCAAAGUGGUUUCGAUGGACUUCGUGACGCACAUGCCGAACGAAUACAUUUUGCUGCUAUUCCAGGAUAUGUUUUCUGGAUAUGUGAUGUGCAAACCGAUGAAUUCAACCACCGCUCAGGAUGUCGCGGAAACUUACGAAGAACGUGUAUUCCAGAACUGUGGAGCGAGUUCAAUGAUUCGGCACGAUCAAGAUCCCCGUUUUAUGAGUGAGGUGUUUACUCGUUUUUGGGAACUCUUCAAUAGUCGUCAGAGAGCCAUUUUGGGAUACCGACCCCAAGCAAACGGACAGCAGGAACGAUCUGACCAACCGGUUGGGUAUUCGUACCUAUAUAUUGAGCAGCCCGAUCAAAGUGACUGGGACGACCAUGCGGAAAGAUUUAUGUUCGCUUUAAACACUUCAUUCGACGCGACACGUUUAGAUACCCCGUUCUACGUGGUCCACGGUUGGGAUCCACAAAAUACUCUGAAAGCGAUGUUGGGUCCGACGCCAUCCAGUGUGCCCGAAAGAACCGCCUACGAGUGGAGUCGAAAGGUCCAGAGGGACUACUGUUAUGCGAAAGCGUGUUCGGAGGGCAUACCGAAUUCUACUGUUAUGCGAAAACGUAAUAAAACCCGACGACAUAGUUCUGGUCUCCAAACGCAAAAGUGGAAGGAGUUAUGCGAACGCCUCAAAUCGGGUUUUCAGAAAGGGGAUGUCGUAUGGUUAUACAUUUAUGCCAUGGACCUUUUCGAAUUGACGAAGGAUUAG